AUGGAGCAAACGAUGAUGAGCGCAAACGAUACGGGCGUCCCCGCAACAUCCCCCAAUAAUCAGGACCUCCCGCAGGAUCUUUUCCCCCUCGACUUCCUAUCCUUCGUCGAGGCCACCUCACCCUCUUUCAGCCUCGGUCAGGCGGACUUUCAGCUCCCUGACGCCGGGCCAUCCAAUCACCAGCAAUACGAUCAACACCAGCACCAGUAUCAGCCAUCCCAGUCACAUUCCCAGCCGCAUUCCUACCAGUCUUCACCGGUCUUUGAUGGAAGAGGGGGGAGCGUCGGGCGGAGCCCGUCAGAUGCUGUCCCGCCUAGUCGAGGCGGGAGCUCCAAGGGCCGGUCGAGAAGUAAAGCGCCCAAGAAGGCGGCUGUUGGGCAGAACGGGAGGAAGGGUCAGACACCUCAGAAUGGAGGAAUGGGGAUGGAGGUGGAUCUGGAGAAUGGGAUGAAUAUGGGCGAUGGCGGGAAAGGCCAAAUGAGCCAGGAAGAGAUGGGUAUGCGGAUGGCGGCGAUGUACGGUCUGCAGGGGAUGGAGGGGAUUGAAGGGAUGGAGGGAUUCUUGGAUGAACAUGGGCAAUUGAUGGGGAUGUCGCAAGGGAUGCUGCAGCAGUUCGAAGGCAUCCACAUGCAAUCGCCUAUAGUGUUCGACCCGAGUAAUCCCUCUCAAUCGUACAACCCAAUGGCGCAAUUUCUCGCUAGUCCCUCACAACAGUCCAAUGGCGAGCGGACAAAGGUGCCUGCCAUCAAUUUCAUGAAUGGCUUGAUGACACCUGGCGCGAGUACCGAAAUGUACCCCCAGAACCAGGCGGAUCAGAUGAUGAGCCCGAUGCAGCUGGAGAUGCUGGCGCGGAGAGAGCAGAUGGACGGUAUGCCAGAGCUGAAUAUGGCCCCCAUUAUGUCACCCGUGCUCAACCACAACAACUCGUCGCAAUACAACUCCCCCUCCACAUUCGCCAACUUCGCCGCCAAAUCCCCGCUCGAACUUUUGCAAGAGCAGCAGCGGCAGUUCCAGGACCAGCUCGACGCGCUACAAGUCCAGCAGCGCCAGCUUCAGGCGACUGCUGCUGCCGUAGCUGCAGCACAAAGCUCGCCAUAUAUCAACAGCGGUCUAGGCGGGUUCUCAUCAUCGGGCUCCUCGGCGCAGUCGCGACCCGUCACUACUCCCGGUAUGAUGGGCUCGUCCGAGCCAAGUCCGCAGUACUUUACGCCGUUGACCAGUCCCGCUCUGGAGGCGACACGGCAGUACAACUCGUUUAGCGCCAGCGGACAACGGCAACCCCAUCCCCUAUCGGCGCUGUCGAGCCCAGCGCUCAACCCUAUCGGAUCGGCGGGCGGAGCACAGCAGACGCUUUCACCAGCUCUGCACCCGCAGAGCGAUAAUGGCCUCUCGGAUCCCGACUACAUACGCGCCCUGGUCGGGAUGCUGGACGGGAACUCCAGCUCGCAGCAGCAGCAGCAACAGGCAAUGGACGCCAACUUCCGCUCAAAUGGCAAUAACAACGGGAACCAGCAAUUCCAAUCCCCUUCUUACCCUUACCACUCUCACCAAUCCUCUCCGGUCGCCAAUAAUCACAACGGCUUCACGCCCAUGCUUGCGCCCGGCCAGGGCUCGACCUCUGGCUCCGCGUCCAGCAAUGGGAACGGUACCGGACCCCACCGACACUCUCUGCCUGCCAAAUCUCGCCCCUCCCCACUCGUCAAGCCCGUCAACCACCGCUCGCAUAUACGGCAUCCGUCCACCCACCAGACCUUCAGCCAGCCGGGCAGCCCGGCCGUUCUCAAGGGUAUCCAACCAGGAACAUAUCUUCCUGCUGCGGCCUACGAUUCGCGUAUCAACGGUCAUCACAGCGGCGGAGGCGGGGGCGGAUCGCUCGCGAGCACGCCGAGCCCGGUCGAUCUCACAUCGAUGAUGCCGCCCCCGCCUGUCCCGGCUCAGGCGGGACAGAAGGGCUUGACACCCAUGACGCCUGCGGCGCUGAUGAACCUCGGCGGGGCGAGUGGGCGGAAAGCUGUGGUGCCGAAGAUAGAUACACAGGUGAAUGGGUCGGCGGCUGCGGCGAAGAAUGGAGCUGGAGCAGCGGGGCAACCGAGCGGGAGGAAAAGAGGAGCAGCAACAGCUGGAGUCCCAGCGUUGGGCGCAGCGGGUACUCCAGCACCAGGUGCGAAUGGCAAGAAGGGGGCGAAGCUGGUUCCUGGCAAGAAGAUCGCUGCUCGUCCGGCAGGCGUGGGGGUACGAGCUGCUACCAAAGGCGCUGCCGCUGCCGCCCAACAACCAUACAUCGAACCCGAAAACCGGCGGACCUCACACAAGGCCGCCGAACAAAAACGUCGCGACUCGCUCAAAGCGGGCUUUGACGAGCUUCGACUUCUCCUCCCACCUAUCAACACCGAGGCGCUCGAUCCAGAAUCUGGCGAACCAAUUCCUGGAUCUUCGGCACCCCGUCUCCUCCCCAAAUCGUCACUCGUACCCGACGACAACCCAAAUCGAGGCGUAUCAAAGGUCGCUUUGCUCAAGUUUAGCAAUGAGUAUAUCGUCAAGCUGCACGAGAAGGUGGAUCGGCGGGCGGACUAUAUUGAGAGAUUGAGACAGGAGGUGACUCGCUUGCGGGACGGGGAGACGGGGGAGGUCACGAUGGACGAUGGGGAGGAUCUGUUGGAGUUUGAGGUGACGGCUGGCGAGGAGGAGGAAGAGGAGGGAGAAGGAGAAGAAGGGGAAGGAGGAGAAGAUGGGAUGGAAGGUCGAGAUGGGAAGGGGAAGAGUGGAUCCACGGGAGAUGAGGAUGAUCCCGACGAUGGAGACGAGGCAGAUGAGGAUGACGAGGACGAGGUGAUGGAUGAUGAUGCGGCAGCGGCGCUGGAGCAGGUGGUGGCGAUGGCGAUAGGGCCGCCGAAGGCCAAGAAAAGCGCAAGGCCGAGCGUACCGAGGAAGAGUGGCGCCAAUGGGACGGGAGCCGUGGCGGCUGCUGCUGCUGCCGCUGCGGCGGCUGCGGGGGUAGCGCCGGGAGCAGGCAGGAAACCGCCGAUGGGGCGGAAAGAGAGUACGGGCGGGUCAGUCACGCCUCGCAAUAGGCGAGGGGAGUAG